CGGGUUGCUAGGCUGACGUCAUCGCUUCCGCUCUGCUUCUGCUUCUCCCGUGUCGGCGGCGCUGCUGAGAGAAUCCAACAUGGAGUAACAGAAGAUGGGGCUCGGACGGGGCCACCACCACCACCAGCAACAGCAGCAGCACCGCACGCUCUCAAACACGGGCGUUUUGUAACAAAAUUCACACUCCGGCAAGGCAGGAGAAAGGGAGGAUUUACACUGUACACAGACACGCAUUUCCAAAACAGCAAGAAGAGAACCGGCAAAAUGUGAAAAAGGGUGAAAAAAUGAGGAGAGCACAGUCUGUAGCCGCUGUGGGAUAUUAUUAUAGGUGAAAAGGAAAAAAAAAAUGACCGAAGAAACACACCCAGACGAUGACAGCUACAUUGUGCGUGUCAAAGCAGUGGUUAUGACCCGAGAUGACUCUAGUGGAGGAUGGCUUGCACAAGAAGGAGGUGGUCUAAGCAGAGUUGGUGUCUGUAAGGUUCUUCACUCCGAGGCACUCAAUGGGAAAAGUGACUUUCUAAUCCAUGGCGAACGACUAAAAGACAAACAGGUGGUUCUUGAAUGCUUUUUGAAGAAAGAUUUGAUAUACACAAAGGCAACACCUACGUUUCACCACUGGAACGUCGACAACAGGAGAUUUGGGCUGACGUUUCAGAGUCCUGCAGAUGCUCGUGCUUUUGACAGAGGUGUGAGGAAAGCAAUUGAAGACCUGACAGAAGGAUCUACGACUUCCUCUUCGACAAUCCAGAAUGAGGCGGAGGUUGGUGAUGAUGAUGUGUUUACAACUGCUACAGAUAGUUCAUCAAACUCUUCCCAGAAGAAGGAACUGUCUAUGCAGACACUGGCCUCCCCUAUCUUCUGUGAACCCCGUAGACAUCGCUGCCUCUUGGGUCAUUUACAUGACCAUUACAGUACGCAUGACCACUACCUUCUAGAUCAGUCUGUGCCUAAACUACAGCGUCAUGUCAGCUUUCAAGACGACGAGGAGGAAAUUGUUCGGAUCAAUCCUCGAGAGAAGACCUGGCUUACGGGGUAUGAGGACUACAGACACGCAGCCGUGCGAGAAAAAUGUAUCGAGACCGAGGACAUGGACUCAUAUGUACAUUUUGCCAAAAGUGAGGCCUCAAAACACGACUACAAUUAUCCUUAUGUCCCAAACUCGGACUUUGGGCUGAGCAAAGACCUAAAGGGCAGCAGCGGUGUUAUAAACACUCAGCCUCCCUCUCUGAAAUCCAAAUCUAGGCGGCGGAAGGAGGAUGGAGAGAGGUCAAGGUGCAAGUACUGCAGGGACAUGUUUAACCAUGAGGAGAAUGGGCGCGGACAGUGCCAAGAUGCCCCGGACCCCAUUCGUACCUGCAUCCACAGAGUCAGCUGCAUGGGGUGCGCAGACAGUUUGCUUUACCACUGCAUGUCUGACCCUGAAGGCGAUUACUCGGACCCUUGUUCUUGUGAUACCAGCGAUGACCGGUUCUGUCUCCGGUGGUUGGCACUUGUCGCUUUGUCCUUCUUGGCUCCAUGUAUGUGCUGUUAUCUGCCGCUGCGUGCAUGCUACAAGUGCGGUGUUGCAUGCAGGUGUUGUGGCGGGAGGCAUAAAGCAUUAGGAUGAUAAUUUUGUUAUUUUCUUUCUAAAUUCCAGUUAUAAAUAAGUUGCAGCACAUUAGCUUGGAUGAGAGCAUAUAGAUGCAAGUAACUAUCCAGCCUCGCCCUCUGGUAAAAGAAAUUCCCAGUCGUAUAUGUGCCACAAUGCAUUUAUCCUUUGUCAUGCAUUUUAAAGGACUAACCAAUGAUAACUCAUUUAUGUAAGUAUGUAACGGGGGAGAAUGUAUUGAACUUUAUAUAUUUUUACAUGUAUUUGUUGUGUGUGGUUGUUGGGAGAAUACUUUUACAAGGUUCUUGUUAAUUUGUUUUAUUUUUGCCACAGCUUGCCAAGCAAAGGCACUUCAAUUUAAUUAUACACACUUACACGUUUUAGUUUAAUUUACCUGAGAAUUAACCUGUCGUUCGGAUGAUUUGUGCGAGUAUGUACACGCGUGUGUGUGUGUUUUGAAAAGAAAUUCAGAUUAAUAGCAAUUUAACAACCCAUUAUUGUUACUUUAAUUGAAGCCAAAAUAACUACAGUCCAGUAUAAUUUCCUCUUGACGAUUACCCUUUAAUUUCUUGCAGCAAGGUGUGAAAGAAAAGCCUUGUUAUUAACAUUUAACAUGUAAAGAGAUAGACAGUUUCAGUUAUUUCACUGAAUUGAGACACCAGCCAAAAGGGAACGGGAAAUUAAGAGUAAAAAAAAAAAAACACACACAGUAAUAAAGAUGACAAGAAAUAAAGUUAUUUACAUUUUCACUAUCCCAC